AUGUCAUAUUUGCCUCAAUUCGUUCAAAACUUGCGACAUACAGAUGAUUAUAUUGACGCAAAUAAUUCAAAUGUAGACAAUCCGGUAAUUAAAUACAUUACUAUCUUUAACCCUAGUUUGGCAAGAUCAUCUGAUGAACUGGACGAACAACUCGCCAAGCAAAUACUCUGUUUCGUAGGCGAAAAGCAGGAUGGAGACAGCGAAUUAGGAAGGCAGCCAUAUAGCUUAAAUGAUCAACUCAAUGUUAUCGGCCUUUGUAGAGGAAUUGACUCCUUCGCUAGGGAGUUUGCUUCCAAUGUGGAUGACGAUGAGAAUAUUGUAAAAACUGAUAAGUCUGCAGUUAUCAUCAAGGAGAUCGAACCUUCAAUAUUUCUAGCUUGCAAAGUAAGCAUUGCCAAUGAAAAGGAAUCUGAUAUAGUAACCAGGCAGCUAAGCUCUUCAAUAACACAGGCGUACCAAUUCUAUGUCUUCUUGAACAAACCAAUUGGUGAAAAUAAUAUAGGCUCAAAGUUGAAACAGUUUUGGAGUAGCUUUAUUGAUAGUUUUAACAAAGUUAGCAAUGUAGGAGUUUCCCCAUUUCAGUGGCCUAAUUCUAGAAUUAACUAUAAGGGCUUCUUGGGUCUUUUGCCCCUGAAUUUUAAGAGGUCUUCGUAUAAUCUAAACUUCAACUGUAGAAACGAAGUUGAUCUGAUUUUGAAUGAUGACGAUGAUUCUGGAGUUCGUGCGGUCUUUGUAUCCUAUGUAGACAAGAUUGUACCUAAGAACUACGGUCUCUUGCACAUGAGAAGCGGUGAUAUAGAUGAGAAUCAUUUGAUUUGCGCUUACAAUUGGCUUGAACUACAUGAUCAACAGAACAAGUUGGAUACAACCCACCUCACCAGUGGCACGGAUAAUAUAUUUGAGCUUCCUGAAAUUCACCAAGAUUUACAGGACCAAUUCCUGUCAAACUCUGGACAAAGCUCGAACCAGCCAGCAACAAAAUCUAAUGAAUCUAUUAUUCAAUCUACAUAUGAAAUGUUUAAUCCAGUCAACAUUACCAACAAUUUGGUAAUACUGCCAUUGAACGCUACUAUGAAUGGAGUCAUGAACCUUGGGUCCUCUACCAAUAGAUGGUUAUCUUCUACGCCAAGCAUUAGUGUGCCAUCUUAUUUGAAACCAUUCGGAAAUUCUACUCCCGUGACUAAUCCAAUACUUGGUACACUGAAUAACCAAGAGGAAAGAGAAGCUGCAGAAAUUAAUGAUGAUAAUGAAGACGAAGAUGAUGCAACUGGAAGAAAUUUGGGAACCUUUUUAGUCGGAUUGGUUGCAAAUUUGAACGACCCUUCUACAAUUCACAGCAAGUCCGUAUUUCUACACAACGAAAGAAGUAAAAGAUUUGAAGAGUAUCUGUUGGUCAUUUAUGAAAAAGAGAAUAUCAUAAUUACCCUUCUUUAUGAUUCAUCUUAUGCUAAGUUGGGAGAACCUUCAUUCUAUGAAGAGCUUCGAACAUCGUAUUUUGAACCAACUAUUGACGAAAUAUUGUACUCAGCUACCAAUGGAGGAGGUUCAUUUGGAGGUGAAGUAUCUGCAACUGCGGGCAGUCAGAGCUCACUUCCAAACUCUCUAAUUGGAGGUUCUGCUUCAUUAGAAUCGCAAGAAUUCUUUUUCAUUAUUUAUGAUCCAGUUGAGAAAAGUGUCCGAUCUUCGUUUCCAUACUUACCACCACUUGAUGAAAUACAGAACAUUUCACAAGUUCCCGUUAAGACACUUCGUUACAAUAACUUGAUCUACUACUUACAUGAUCUCCUCAUAGACGUAUUCCUAGUUCAAGGGGGGACAGAGUUCUUCCAUCAUAAGGAUACUAGUACGAUGAACGAAUACUUUCAUAAGUUUAAAGGAGGAAAGACCACAGAUUGGAUGUUUUACUAUAUUCAAUACCGUGACAAAUAUAUCGUAGUGAUAAAAAACUAUAACCCAAAGACUAGGAAAACAGCAGCAUCUAGGAAACCGAGCACAGUGGCCCCAAUUAACUCUGCUGGUAUCAUAAACAAUAUCACUGACGGAAUAUACGAUUAUGCUCACCUUGGAUUUCUUGAUAAUCUAGGGGACGAUGUCAAAGUUUGGUUAGAAAGUUUUAGUAUAAGUGGGGAAACGUAG